AUGGCUGAAGCCAUUCACUCAGGGACAUGGAAGGGACAGCAAUACCAGCUCCUUCAAGGGGCUCGGCAGAAAUCUCAGUACUAUUACUCCCAAAAUACGAAGAGAACUUUUACUAUUCCUGGGGUGGUGAUAGGGGCUAUGUUGGUCCUUUGGUAUCUCUUCUCGCAUCCACUGCUCUAUUUCACACCCAUCGACGAGCGUGCUUGCCAACAUCCAGUCAUUCGACUUGUUCAUGAUGCCGAGCAGGCUUUUAACAAAACUUUGGGGCACCAGUCGAAGUCAUUGGAUGAAGCCGUGGCGGAAUACCAACGACGGUAUAAGAUGCCACCGCCUCCGCACUUCGAUGAAUGGUAUGCGUUUGCAAUGUCGCGAAAGACAGUCUUGAUUGAUGAAUUCGAUACGAUAUAUCAUACUUUGCUGCCUUUCUGGGGAGUUUCACCUAGUACGAUUCGUUCGCGUGUGAGAGAGGACCUGGGGUAUAAUAAUCAUGUCAUGGGCGUUGCCAUCCGCGACGGCAGAGCUAUCCAUUUGGGCAAUGGCCAAGGGGGAUUCCAAAAAGACGCAACAAUGAAGAUUCUUGACAAGUUCUCCCAAUGGUUGCCUGACAUGAACAUGGAAUUCAACGUACACGACGAGCCGCGAGUGGUAAUUCCGCACGAGGAGCUGCACAUGAUGAUCACUGAAGGCUAUGCAGCUCACGCUCGGCUGAAUUGUAACUCGUCGUUGUUGAACGUAUUUUCGCCGGGCGAUUUGCAUGAUCCUAUCCCACCAGUGCCGGUCUCCACGACCAGAUUCAACAACAUUGAGCGCCAAGAGACCUGGCUCUACUCGCGGCUUUCAUGUCCACUAGACACGCCUGCUAGGGCACUAGAUAGUAACGCACCGGAUAACUCAAGUGCCUACGCAGUGGGUCCUCUGGGAUUUGUGUUCAACCAGACUGCCGCUAGUGAUAUGUGCAAUAGCCCUUCGCUGCGAUAUCGGCUGGGGGUUUUUGAUCACCCAAACUCUUUCAAGGUGACAAACGAGCUGGUCCCGAUGUUUUCCAUGUCCCGUCCGUCUUCGUUCCAGGACAUUGCAGUUCCCUCGCCAUAUUAUUACGAAGGCAUAUCACAAUUCGAUGCCGAAACCUCAGUUGAAUGGGACAACCAGAAACCCCAGUUAUACUGGCGCGGGAAAACAACCGGAGGACAUAGUCGAAACGGCACCUGGCAUAACCUGCAACGUCAGCGUAUCAUCGGAAACCUGACCCAUCCGCAAUCGCCCCAAUAUCUUAUGCAACCAAAGAACGAUUCAAGGUGUAUUGCGGGCCGCAGCGAUGGCUGGGAGGUGAAAGUGGCAGAUCGAUCCCAGAUCGAAGGAUACUUCAAUACUCAUUUCAUGGAGAUCGUGGAUUGCGACGACGACUGCCAUGACGAGCAAAUGUUUUUCAACGAUAUCGCGGAACCAGACCCACCAAGCGAGGCCUGGAAAUACCGGUAUCUGUUAGAUAUGGAUGGUCAUGCCUACAGCGGGAGGUUUUACGCCUUCAUGCGCAGCAAGAGUGUUCCAUUCAAGUUGACCUUCUUUCGGGAGUGGCACGAGGACGUCUUGGUCCCAUGGGUCCACUACGUGCCGAUUAACAAAGACGGGAAUGAGAUUCCUGAGUUGAUACGGUUUUUCGAGGAGGAUCCUGCUGGUCAACAGAUUGCUCGAACUAUCGGUGAAGAGGGCCAAUCCUGGGCGGCCAGGACGAUCAGAAAUGAUGAUAUUGACGUCUACAUGUUUCGACUUUUCUUGGAGUAUGCUCGUGUGCAAGAUGACCAGAGAGAAAACCUGGGAUUUCGGUUGUAG